CUCUGAGUCAUCCCUUGGACUGGAGUGGUUGGUGCCAUUGAUAGAAAAACUGCUGAUUACCAUCCACUGAGCUGAGUCGCCCCCUGCUUUUGCUCGCUUAAGAACGACUGGAUUUUUUCAAAGGCCCACAUCCCCUGUUGAUAAGACUCAACCAGAAUCCUCAAUACUAUAUAGGAAACUCAAUCAGUCGAGCUAGAACCAUCAUGAUGAGUGACCAUCUAAACGCGACCGGACUCACCGCAGAGGAGUCCAGAAAAUUAAAGUCUCGCUCGGAACGCGAGGACGAAAAAACCAUCAUUCGUUGUCUCAAAGAGCUUUACAGCUGCAAGCCAUCGGAGAAAUCCUACGAGAUGUAUGCCGAAAAUGCAACGUUCCAUGAUCCACUGACGAUUGCGACACCUCUAUCGAUGAUCAAAUCCCAAUUCAAUGGGAUGCCGAAGAUGUUUAGUAGCUCGACGAUCGACAAAUUCGAGCUCCUUGAAAGCCCGCCAACCUUGCCAAGCCCACCCGGACCUGAUCAAUUCACUGUGAUCAAUCAGGAUGUUACAUAUUAUCGGGACGGCAGUAAGUUGAAGACUUUGAACUCCUUGAUCACUUUAGAGAGAGAUCCUAAGGGAAAAGUGAUCAGACAUACUGAAGAAUGGUCUCAUGAUAAGGUUACUGAUAAAUCGGAUGGGUUUAUCGGUCAAUUAAAUGAGUGGAGGAAGAAGGUGGCGGCUGAGGUGAUUGCUAAGUUGGUUCCAGAAGAGCCACCCAAAGAUACAAAAGAAAAAUAGAAGUCAAUGUUUGUCCUCAGCUCUAAAAGAACAAGCAGUUCAAAAUAGCAUUGGAAUCGAUUGGACAAUUAAAACAAAUCAUCAUGACUGUGUAAUUAUUUAUCCGAUGCCAAUUUAACUUCUCCUGCGUCACUUAAGCUUAUCUCUUAAGUCGGCCUUUCGCCAGAUCAUAGAACCCACAUUUCCUGAUCAAUCAAGGCUUGGAAUUCUAUGAAGGAAUCGU